ACGCUCAGCUUUAUAGCCUGCGUUUACGCUAGCAGGUUUAUACGAUUGUGUUUAGUGGAAGCGCGGUGAGAUGAUCUACAGUGCGCGCGGGACUACACUUUGACCUACACACCAGUUGGCAUCUGCAGCAAGAAGGACAAUUUUGCAUGUACACAUAAAAAUACUAUUUAUUACAUCUGCAGAAAACAUAACAAUUGUCAAGUGAACGUUAAAUAAUUCUACCAUCAUGGAACUUGACGCGUCUAUCAUUCUCCCUGCGCUCUUCUUUACCAUUCUUGCUGUUCUCUUGGCAGCCAAAUUCAUCCCCAAAAAACAAGAGGAGAAGAAGAAGAGGGUUAAAGUAGGCAACGGAGACGACAUUCUUCCUUCCAGAGCAUUGGCACCAGCAGUAGCAGUAGUGGAAGUACCAAAAGUGGAGAUACCACCACCGGUGAUAGUACCAAAAGUGGAGAUACCACCACCGGUGAUAGUACCAAAAGUGGAGAUACCACCACCGGUGAUAGUACCAAAAGUGGAGGUACCCCCACAAGUGGUAGAAGCUGAAGUUAUAACCGAGCCAGUAACAGUUGCCCCAGUAGUUGAAGAGAUCAAUGUUGUAGACGAAGAGACAGUUAAAGAGCCUGAAAUUAUCUCCGAGGUUCAGGCUGUGCCAGAGCCCGUGCCAGAGCCCGUGGUUGAGCCAGAACCCGUGCCUGAGCCCAUCCCUGAACCAGAGCCCACCCCAGUCGUUGUUGAGGAGCCCAUCCUUGAGCUCAUCGCCGAACCUGAACCUGUAUCUGUGGUGAAGGAGGUCCCAGUCAGAGAGCCCACCCCUGAGCCAGCGAGGGAACCCAACCCCAAGCCAGCGAGGGAACCCAUCCCUGAGCCCAUCUUCGUGCCAGAGCCAGAGGACCUUGAGAGCAUCGGUACUGAGGAGGUGCACUUUACCCCAGGAAUGAAGAUUAGCAAGUUGGAGAAGCUGAUGACCAAGGAGGAGAUGGAGGAGGAGCAGAGGAUAGAGCUCACACCUGAAUUUACCUCUCUAUAAGCAACAUCAACAAGCACACUGUGAGUUAGGAAGGAUUAUGGCUGAGUAGGCGAUGAAGAAAAGGAAUGAGUCUACACCCACACCUUUCUAUUCUUAACUUUGUUUUGUGAAAAGUGAUCACUGAAGAAGAACCUUUGAAACCUCUGCUGAGAAGAGCGAUCUCUUCUGUUGAUUGAUUGUCUGGCAACUUUGCUGUUGAUAUGGAAAAUAUAUGUUGCUUUUUGUCCUCUCCCCUUUUCUUUCCUUCUUUCUUACUUUUGAAGGAUGUGAAUUAAAGGCUAUUGCUCAACUCUGCCUGUGAAUAGCAUGCUGCAUUACACCAAACACACAAGUGCCUCUGUGAGUCUUUAGUCCCCGCCCCCUUCGCUUUCUAUCUGCUGUCUUACUGGUGGCAUCUAUCCUUUUGAUUAGAGCAGGAAAUAUUAAUUCUGGAUUCUGAGACUCUGAUAGUCGCAAAGGAACGUUUGAAGAUAAUACAUCCAUGCUUAUUACAAAGUAUGAUGUGUGGGGUGUGCAAAUAAAGUCCCCGAAAGAAGUAAGGUCGGGAACCACUGUUUUAGAAGAAAUGGAUGACCAAUGCAAUACCAAUACAGUAAGGAAGUGUUUAAAUAGCUAUUAUGGGUGAAGGGGUAGGGAAGUAUUGUGUUGUUUUUCAUUGUUUUAAAAUAUGAAACUGUGAUUUAAAGCCAAGACAAGUGAUUUGCAUGCAAAGGCCCCCUCUACCCAAGUCUUGGUCUGUGUGGCCACUGUCCAUUGUGAGCCAGUCCCAGACACUUUAGGUAAUGUAACAAAUGCCAAUCAGUAACAUCCGAAUACCCUAAUGAUGGCAUUCUGAAUGCUGAGAGAACCAUAUAUCUCAUUCCUGUCCUGACUCUGACGAACCCUGGGGCCUUUUGUCACUUUAUAAGUAUGUAACCAAUGCACAUUGACAAUGAAUGGGCUUCUUUUCAUAUGGGACUGGAGCUCGGUUGUUAGAAUGGCUAAAGUGGAAUAUGUGUAUGACAACCCGUAGUGAUUUUUGUAGAGAGAUUGAAAUGUUUUGUUUAAACAUGAUGUUUUUGUAAACUCUUGACUAUUAAAAGCCAGUUUGUCUAAAACCAA